UGCCUUCGACUGUGAAGGCGAAAGGCUGGAGUAUGUACAGAUUUAAAUUCGGCAAUCCCUGUCCACCGGUGUGAUGCGUCGUAUCCAUUCAUUCUUUGUUUUCGACAACGAACCAAGUGGACGUACUUCUAAACCAGUUUCACAGAAUAUUGAUGGAAUCUUAAUCGGUAGCCAUCGUAAUAGCAACGAUUGAACAGUGAUGUGCUUUCGUCAUUUGUACUCCAACUUAAAGUUCAAGUGUUGGCACCCAGAUGAUGAUGAGAACGUUGAGUUGAUGCAUCAGAUAUCGAUCAACGAUCAUCAUCAUCUAUCGCACGGAGAUCCAUCGUUAGGCGGUCCAUCGAUUGGCAGUAUAAUCAACCAACAUGGUGCAUACGAUGGUCACAGAAAUCGAUUGAAACUGACCUACAAUACUCAGCUCCCAUCCGAGCACACUUACCUGGGAAAACUCGAACGCGUGGAAGCCUUGGAACGUCUUGAACCGGGAUCGAUCCACCGCAUCCCGGUGAGUGGCCAUCAGUCGAUCGUAUAUCCGGGGGAGACUAUCCCGUUGAUCCUGACCAAUCCAUUGCUAGAGUUCGAUGGCAAGGAUAGCAAUCGCAUCGGGUUGGUAUUCUGGGAGUUUCCCUUCAAGAAGCGCAUAUUCGGAGUUAUCUGUGAAGUGUACGAGAAAGUUAUCCGAGAUUCGAUCAUGAUACUCAAAACCAAAGCCCAGCAAAGAUUCGAACUGGUACCGCAAGAGGAUGGGGCCUUGACUCGGUCGGUGCAACGUGAAGGGCGUGCCCACUAUUAUGCCCAGGUGAAAAUCUUACCGGAAGUAUUACUUCCUGACCCGUUGACCAACUAUUGCAUGAACAAUACGCCGAAGAUCAACAAUUUGGCCAGGAAUCGCUUGAUGGCCGCACAGUCCAGUGUGUGGCCCAAGUUCGUCUACGAUCAGUACUGCUCCCAUGAAGUGCUCAACAAGAUGAAGCGUUUCCUGGAAUUUCUACAAAUCGAGUCCGUUCCCACGGCCGACCCAGUUAUGCUGUCCUUCUGGUUGGCGAAGAACUUCCCCCUCAGCGACACCGACCGCAAGGAGCUUUUCUACACCAAUUCGGUCCUGACUCGCAUGCUACUAGUCAACAGUUUCCUCGAUUACACGUGCUCGUGCUGCUGUAAAAAGUGCAACCGUCGGAUCGCCAACUACGCGGACAUGUUUGCCAUGUCCAAGCACGGUGUGAGCGGCAGCUACUGCAAUCCAUCCGGAUUCGUGCACGAAACGCUGACCGUCUACCGAGUGGUACCGCAGUCGACCCGGACCACCACCAAACCGUCGACCGAUUUCAGCUGGUUCCCGGGAUACUCAUGGCAGAUUGCAGUAUGCAACGCGUGCAGCAACCACAUCGGGUGGAAGUUUGUCGCAACCAAACGGGGCUACAAACCGAAGAAAUUCUACGGCCUCUGCGCGGAAACAAUCAGCGUGUCCUCGGACAGCAGAUCGCCGCCAUUCGGUACCAACCCCAAGUCGAACGCCGACAUGGUCUGAAUGCAUUUUCUCGAGAUUGAUGCAAGCACAUGGAAGGAGGAACGACAUUGUGAACUGAACGAGAGAAACGAUAGACUGCAUUACUACAACAAGAGAUUUUUCCUCCCAUUGACACUACCUAUGGGCUUAGUUGCAUUCUUCACCUUUCUAUUUAACUGUACUUGUACAACUAUUUGUGUGCUGUGUUUUAGAACAAUUGAUGAACAAAUAAAUGCUUCUGAUGCUGAACCAGUA